AUGGGUGCGGGCAGGGCGUCUGGGCGCGCUGGGGCUGGUCGGGACGCGUCUGGGUUCUAUUGGGGCGCAUCUGGUGUCGAUGAGGGUCGUGUGGACUCUCUGGGCCAUGGAUACUACGCGUAUGACGUGCACGCGGAAAGCGAGAAUCACGCGGGCGAAAAGGGUUGGCGUCUAGGGGCGUCGGUUGUGCGCCUGGGUGCGGGCGGUACGCUGCUAGGGCUGCGGAAGCGUCUCGAGAUGGCCAAGGGUCCCACUCCUGCCGUCAGCGCCGAAGGAGGUCAAGAGACCUCCCAAAAGCAGAGGGUCCUCAAACCACGAGGACUACUUUUCGGGCUGUCAACCCCUCAGUUAAAAAAGGAAAGCAAAGGAUACUGUGGCGAUCGAGAUCGACGAGGGUCGGGCUGA